AUGACUGGCUCAAUGGCGGUGGCGCAGGGUUCUGCAAGGGUGUCGCUGGGAUCUGCAGGGCUUGAGGCUCUGAAGGCGGAUCGUUGGUACAUGGUGGGGCGUUUACUUGGACCCAAAGCCAUGUUUCCUGGUUUCAAAGGAACGAUAUCUUCAAUCUGGAGGAUUAGUUCGGGGUUAAUGAUUCAAGAGGUGGGGGAUCGAUUUGUGUUUCAAUUUGAUCGAGAAGCUGAUCGCAACAAAAUAUUGGAUGGAGGCCCGUGGUUUUAUAGGAAUACCAUGUUGGUGUUGGGUGGGUAUGAUGGUAUAGGGCCGGUGGCGGAAGUAUCUCUCAAUCUUCUGGAAACCUGGGUCGUAGUUAAGGGUCUCCCACUGGUGCUCCGGAACAAGAAGGCGCUAGGGUUGGUUGGGGCGUCCAUCGGUCAUGUUGUCCGCUUUGACCAAACAGCCCUUAACCGGAAGGAAAGGGAGCAAUGUAUCCGUCUUGUACUUGAUAUGCGUGAUAGGGUUCGGGGUUGGAUGGUGUUUGAGUUCUCACCGGUGGUGGUACCGGAGUUGACGUUGGUGUACGAGAAGCUAAAGGGAUUUUGCCGUAAUUGUGGACUGUUCAUACACGAUGCGGUAGGAUGUGAUUCAUUGCUGGUGAAGGAAAGAGAAGAGAUCUGCGCGUAA